AACGUGCCUCAGUAACGCGCGAGACGGGUUCGGAGUAACACGUUUAAGUGACAAGUGAAUAAUAAGUGUAGUGAAAAUAGUGAGAUUGUGCCCCACCAAGUGUUUUGUAGUUCUACAAAUAUUUUCUCUAUUUUUUUUUUAUUUUUUUUUGUUUGUUAAUUAAUUAAAUUUAUCAUCUACAUAAUUAUGGCUGAUUCUUUAAACUACUACGAUGGUUUCCGGACUUUUUCAUGGUUCGCAGAUUUCAUCGGCUUGCCGAUUGAUCAGGCUAACUUUGUUAUAACGCAAUUCAUUGCAUUGCUAUUGGCUGGAUUAUUCAGGUCAUCUUUAAGUCAUAAAGUAGUAAAACCAGCUACCAGACAUUGGUUUGGUCUUACCAUUGGUCUCGCGCUUGGAUAUUUCUGCUUUGGCAGACAAGCUGUACAUUUGGUGGGUCUUCCAGUAUUUUGUUAUACAGCAAUGAGAACACAAAAUGCUGAUUGUAUGCAAAGGGCUGUUCUUGUCGUUGCAUUAGCAUAUUUGUCUACUAUACACAUACACAGACAACUUUACGAUUAUGGCUCGUAUACUCUAGACAUUACUGUAAAAUGCCAACGAUGAUGGAAUACUUCAGUUAUGUAUUUCACUUUCAAGCUUUAAUGGCGGGCCCAGUAAUAUUUUAUCGUGAUUAUAUCGAUUUUAUAAAUGGUGAUCAUAUGAAAGAUGCUACUAAAUCAUUGACGGGUCAGAACAAUGAGAAAACAUUGGAAAAUGUUAACGAAAUUGUAUUAGAACCAUCACCGAUGAAAAUUGUUGUUAAAAAAGUGAUAGCUAGUUUAAUGUGCGCUGCUCUCUUUGUUUCUUUAAUUCCAUCGUUCUCAAUUCAAAAAUUAAAAGAUGAUGACUUUUUACAAGAAUCAUUAUUUUAUAAACUAUGGUACAUAAUCGUAGUUACUACGUUGGUACGUUUUAAAUAUUAUUAUGCUUGGAUCUUUGCCGACGCCAUUUGUAAUAAUUCAGGACUUGGUUUUGAUGGUUACAAAGAAAAUGGUGAACCACGAUGGGAUAAAUUUGCCAAUAUUAAUGUUAUUCAAUUUGAGACAUCUCUUAGUUUAAGAGACUGCAUAACCAAUUGGAACAUGGGAACCAAUAGAUGGUUGAGAUCAAUGGUUUACGAUAGAGUUAAACGACAAAAGAUAUUACUUACGUAUGCUUUAUCAGCUUUAUGGCAUGGAUUUUAUCCUGGUUAUUAUUUUACCUUUGCCAACGGAGUAUACUUCACAUUAGCAUCUCGUAAUGUACGUCGUUAUAUUAGGCCAUUCUUUUUGGGCUCGAAAAACAUGAAAUUCAUUUACGAUGUGAUAACAUUCAUCUCAACAAGAAUUAUUAUGGCCUACAUAUCGUUCGCUUUUAUUCUUUUGGAGUUCCUACCGAGCAUUAGACUGUACCUGUACAUGUACCUGUUACCACAUCUCUUUGGAUUGGUUGCUAUAGUCAUUUUACCAUAUUUAUUAAGUUCACGUCUUCCAGAAAGAUCAACUGAAACUUCCAACAAAAUAUCUUCCGAGACUUCUAACGUUCGCAAUGGAAAUUUGAAACACAAAACUAUGUGAAAAAGAUGAAACAAAAAAACAAAAAAAAGAAAUCAUCGUCGUUUAACAACCAACAACAGUUAUAUUAAAUAAUAAAUUAACAUAUUAACACUUUCCCACAGGCA